GUCGAUUGCCAUUUAAUAUAUAGCUGAUCUAAGAAUAGUCUGCUAAUUAGUGCUUAAAAGUGAUUAUAUCUAGUUCAAUAACUAUUUAAGAAAUGUCUGCCUCAAUUGAAACCGCUUUAUCUUACGCUGCUUUAAUCUUAGCUGAUGCUGAUGUCGAAAUUACACCAGAAAAGUUAUCAACUUUAACCAAUAAGGCUGGUGUCCAUGUUGAUAAAAUCUGGACUGAUUUAUACGCUAAGGCUUUAGAUGGUAAGGAUCUAUUCGGUUUAUUAACUCAAUUUUCUGCCAGUGCUGCUGUUGGUGGUGGUGCCACUGUUUCAACUGGUGCUACUGGUGGUGCUGUUGCCGAAGAUGAAGCAGCUAAGGAAUCCGAAUCUGAAGAAGAAGAAGAAUCUGACGAUGAUAUGGGUUUUGGUUUAUUUGAUUAAAUUACAUCUACAAGUGCAAUACUUUUCAAGUAUAUUAUUUUGUAUCAUUAUUUAAAUUGAAUAAAAUUAUUAAAAUUCAAAUAAAUGGGAAAUCUAAGGUUUUUUUGCUUUAAAUU